CGAGAUUUGUUUGUCAAAAUUUUGAUCAAAAAAUAGUUUUAAUUAAUAUAUUUGUGAAAAAUCAAAAAUGGACGUUUUUUUCUGGCUGGUCGUCGGCAUUUUACUACUUGUCAUUCUUCUGUUAGGGACGAUUUUUUUCUUGGUUUUAUAUGCUGGCUUGUUGUACAAUGUAGAAGUUGGUGUCGGUGAGCCGCCCGUCCAAAACUUCGUGGGCUUCUACAAAUCAGGCACUGGGGCCUACAGGAACUCGUCUGCUGUUUUCACGGAGGCAUGCUCCAUUGCACCCACGUUGUCCACUUUCGGAGUUUUUUAUGAUGAUCCUAAAUUAAUCGAAGAAUCCAAACUGAGAUGGAUUUCAGGCUCAGUGGUGCCGAAAAAUUUGAUGGAAGAUGGUAAAUAUGAAGAAGAGAUGGACAAGUUGACUCAAAAUGGCUUUAAAAUGUUUGAAUUCCCUUCUGUUUCCUCUGUGGUCAAAGCCGACUUCCCGUUUAACACUGAUCUGUCUGUUAUCAUUGGUGCUUACAGGGUCUACCCGAAGUUGAGUCACUUUGUUCAGGAGCACAAAUUGAAAGCAUUCCCAUACAUCGAGUUUUACAAAUCCGGUAAAAUACAUUACUACGCGCCACUGGAAAAAAAUUUAGACUUCUACGUCCCAGGAAUUGAUCCGGCAGCAAACUGCCAUCCUUACAAAAAUGAAUAACUUUUGUAAUUAUUCCUAAAUUGCUGACUGCAAUCAUUAUCAAUGUUAUACUUGUUUAGUGCUUUUUAUAAAAAAAAUAUUAUUAUAUUGUUAUAUAUACUCUCUAUAUAUGGUUAUAUGUAAUGUUUAUUAUUUGUAAUAAAUUUUCUAACUAAUCAAUGAUUCAAUCAAUUUGUAUUUAUUUAUAUAGCGCAAUUUAUACAAAUCCUGCUCUUCUCCCUCCCCUUAAAUGUCUA